AUGAAAUUUCUGCGUACUUCUGAUGCCCCUAACACAGCUCGAGUUAAAUUGUUAAUGUACAAUAUCACUGGACGACCAAUCAUCUACAAGUUGAAAAGCAAAACAAAAUCUUUGUUGACGGCGGAUCCAAGUGCGUGUGGCACAAUCCCAGCACAUGGUAUUGAUCAUUGUUUGCUGAUUUGGAGAUUGCCAGCAAAUGAGCUUAAUUGGGAGAAUGUUAAGCCAACUUCUAUAGUUAUGAUUACUGAAUUUGAAGGCUCAAACGAUCCAGUUACCAACGAACAUACAAAAACCAAGAUAAAAUGCAUAAUAAUAAUAAUUAUUAUUAGUCAUCGAAUUUAA